GUCUCUCGGCUGAAGGAUGCUCCAACAGUAUCCUUAUGUACAACAAGAUGAUUGAGUUGUCUGAACAGCAGGUUAUAGGGGAAGUCUCCACAUCAUGUCCUGCCUGUCCUGAGGUUAGUUCAGUAAAUGCCAACGACAAGCAGUUCGUGAUCAUGGAUGGAAACUUCCGUUUAAAGAAUACCAAAUCGUUGGCUCAGGAUAACGAACUAUCCAAGAUCUCUGGUCUUAGUGGGUAUAAGACCAUGUGGAUGGAUCAAUUCCUGAUCAAACGGUUUGACAAGUCUGAGCAGUCCAGUAAGGCCACAAAGAGCAUUGCCAAUAACACCACCGCCACCACCACCAAGAAUAUUACUGCCAAGGAGACCCCCGCCGUCAAGGGCCUGCCCGUCAAGGCCACGGUGGGAGAGCCACGUACGUUUCAAGCCCUGGUGCACCAGAACCGCACCUCGGCUAUCUAUCCUGUUCGAGGUAUCUUUGGCAGUGGCUGUGCAAGACACGAUACUGUCACCCUAAAAUAAAUCAGCGAUCAAAAUGUUUUUUUUGAUCGAUAUUGGCGAUAUCGCUCAAAAAAUCGAAAAUAUCGAUAUCUCCGAUAUUUUUGAUUUUUUGAUCGCUGAUCGCAAAGCCAAAUUUUUAAAUCUCUAUAAAAACAACUUAUACAUAAAUAAAUAGAUGUAGCAAUACCAUGUUAAUAGAUAAACGUAAUUUUUUAA